CGAAGCGGAAACGUCACCGCGUUUCGUCUCGCUGUGUUUUUGUCCCUCUGCGCACUCCUUACAUGUCAAUGUGGCUGUGUUGUUCUCAUGAUGUGUGCACUCCACAUCGAAAUAUUAGUUAGUAAAAAGAAAGAAUAAUAAUGGGAGAUGAGCAUCCAGUUAACAACACUAGCAGCACCCGUUGUACUUCCUUCAACGUACCCGAUGACUAUCGAUGUGAUGUGAUUCUUAACGUGAAAAGAGCCACAGGGACAUUUUCACUAGUGGCAUGCCUUUUCAUGCUGUUUGCAAUAUGGCUGCUCCGCCGAUAUAACUCUUUGGCUCAGAAAAUGAUAUUCAGUCUGACAAUAGCUGCAGCCUUUGACAGUGUUGCUUAUGUUAUGGGAGAGUCUCAUCUGGAGGGGUCUCUGUGUAAUUUUCAAGCCUGGUGGCUCACAUAUUUUGACUGGACCGCACUGAUGUGGGUUUGUCUUAUUACAUUUAAUCUGUACCUGAACCUGGUGAGAGAAAUCAGAACUGAACAUUAUGAAAUACCGUAUCAUUUGGUGGCAUGGGGGGUUCCUCUGCUCAUGUCCACCCUCCCCCUGAUGGCUGGAUACUACGGCCCCUCUGGAGCCUGGUGUUGGAUCACAGAUAAGCAUGUCGGGUGGAGGUUUGGCAUAUGGUACAUUCCUCUGUUUAGCCUGAUUAUCCUCAUGACCUGCUGCUAUGCUCGAAUCAUCUGUGUGGCCAACGAGAGGAUGCGUUCCUGGUUGGGCACCUUUAACCCAGAAAGAGAGAGGAGGAAGAUCUCUCUAGCUGAAGAGAUCAGACCGUUGAAGUGGUAUCCCUCUGUCUAUCUGCUCGUCUCUAUCUUCCCCCUCAUAAAUCGACUUCAUAAUGCUGCUUACCCUGAGGACCCUGUGUUUUCUCUGACGUUAUUGCACGUGCUCAGUGCACCCUUGCAUGGGCUUGCAAAUGCUCUUGUCUUCGGUAAGGACACCUGGAGUCAGCUGAGUACAACAGGAAUAAAGAUGGCUAUCCAGUCUCGGCUGUGUGACAGCACAAUGAUCGGAGAGUACCAUGCUGCAAAUGUAAGAUACACACAUGACCUCAAUACACACUCCGAUUCCGACGAUGAGGACAACAACAUCCUAUUUUACAGCCCGGACAUGAUCUUAAAAGAUAGGGGACCCUGGGAGAAUGUUUAGAAAGUGUGUGUGCAUGUGUGUGUGUGUGUGUGUGUGUGUGUGUGUGUGUGCAUAUUUUUUGCAUUCUUUGCCUUUAAAGAAUUUCUAUCAGUGUUUCCUUGUUGCAGCUUUCAUGUUGACACUUUAAUUAUAGCAUGUAUGAUUAUAGUUGGAAAACAGAAAAGAGGAUGGUUGAUUGUAUGUCUUCCUUUGCCAUUAAUGAUGGGUAGAAGCACAAGAUUUUUUCUACUGUAUUAAUGUGGAAAAGCUUUCAAUCAAGCUGUUUACCGCCUCAAAAUAAUGUGUGUUGUAUAUAAUGGAAUUAAAGACUGCCUUUUCUAUUUCAUUCAGCUGAGUAUUUCAGACAUUUACUUUGAAAACAUUUGAGCAUGUUUUACUAUUAUAUUUAUGAAAAUGUACGCUAUAUUUUUGUAUCGUUUGCAGGUUCAACAAAUUUAAAAUACAAAUCUAAUAACAUUUAUUUUGUGUUUGUGUGUCUUUUGUCGAGUAGAAAGAGCUGGCACUCUUAUUAACUUCAGUUAAUCAAGUUAAUUAAGUCAAGAUAUUGAGUCUCUUAGUACUUAAGCCAGGAUGAUUCAUGAGAAAGCCCUGACAUGUUUCCCAUGAACUGCUUCAUGAAGGUUAUAAAAAGUCUAAACGGAAUAAAUCAGUGAUAAUAAACUUUAAACUGGUGUAUGUUUGUGUAACGUAGUCUUAUGAAAGCCACUUAAUGGACAGAAGUGUGAACACUUUAUUCUAGUCAGAAAUGUACCAUUUUCCAUCUCUAUGGCUCUAUGUAAAAUGAAUGAAAUAAAUAUUAUUUAAAGUGUUUAAUAUAAAUAAAAGGUGAUAAAUAUUAUAAACAAAACGGGAUCUAAUUUUUAUCUUGUGUUUUUCUGAUUGGCCGUGUUGUAUGUCGUCAUCUCAGCGCGUUUCAUAGCGAUUGGUGAACAACUCAUCUUAAGUGGCAAAGCAGCCAAUCAAUGAUAAGUACGUUGUAAGACUGAUGAGAAAUGCUACAGUAACCCAUACGUAACAUAUUUUCAUAACAGCAGCUGGUGAAACUACUACAAAAAGAGACAGGGCGCUUCCGGAACAACUACAUAACAUUCAUAGCCUGUGAUUGAAGGCAAAUUUAUUGGUACGAAACUGUACGAUCUGAAGCCUACACGAUGGUAUGACUUCUGAUAAAAGCCAGCGUCUACGUGGUGCGCAAGAUCCGCGCUGCCCUUACAGAGGGAGAGCAAGCAGAACAACCUGUGCUCACACCAUGUAGUCUGGCUAAAGGUAAAAAGGAGCGCUAUGCAUCAGACGCAGCAUUAAUGCCCGCUCCAGAGCCUGAGGGUGCUGCUGGGUCAUCUGCCUCUACAGAGACAGCUGUGCAGAAAUGUGGUUCCUGAGGUUAAAGGUCACGCAGAAGCAAAUCUGGGCACAAUGGAGGCUGAAAAAACAGCAUUGCUGGACACCAGCAUGUGUUGUCUUUGGAUGCUAGUGUUAUAACAAGGCCAUCUAAGCUGGUCUUUUAAGUAGAGGUUUUAAAAGCGGAAGGCAGAUUGUAGUAAACAUCUGACAUCAGUCCAGUUUUGCUCUGCGAGACCUUUUGUUCUUGGGUGCCAACACUUGCUCCUCCUCUCUCUUUCUUUGUCUCUUUCUCCUUUUCUGUUUCCCAUCAGCUGUAGUUUGUGAAGGUCUGUUCAUCAACCUCUGCCUCAGGGGUGGUUCAGAUGUGAUGUUUACCUGCAGCUUUUGUAUUUAUACUCAUCAACUAACUGACUGUAGACUGACUGAAGACAUAUUGCUGUCAGUAACAAUAACAGCUGACGCUCUUUAUGAGAUUAUGUAAUUAUUGUAAUGAUAAAAACAACUAAUAAAAUGGUCCAGUCUUU